GGAACCGGCUAAUCCCGGUACCGGCUCGCCUGGUCUGGGACCUCUUAUUCCCCCAGCUAUGCUAGGCGGCAUGGCACCACCGAUGCCUCAGUCUGUAGGCAUACCUGCCUCAGCAGUUGGGAUGCCACCUGUGCCUGGAAUACCUCCGAACAUGGCUGGUAUGCCACCGCCGAUGGGUUUCCCACCUAUGAUUCCGCCUUUUUCAAUGCCUCCACCGGGAUUUCCGGCAUUUAAAGCUGAUAUGAAUGCGCCUGCUCCUGAUAUUGCUCCAUUGGCCAACCAAAGCAGUCCUUGGUCUGAACACAAGGCUCCAGAUGGAAGAACUUAUUACUAUAACUCUGUUAGUAAACAAAGUCUUUGGGAGAAACCUGAUGACCUGAAAACCCCAGCAGAGAAAUUAUUAUCCGCCUGUGUUUGGAAAGAAUACACAACAGAAGCUGGUCGUGUAUAUUACCACAACAUAGAAACAAAGGAAUCCAGCUGGAUCAUACCUAAAGAGCUGCAAGAAAUCAAAGAUAAAAUCACUGCUGAAGAAGCUGCACAGGCAGCACUCAGUGCAGACGUUCCACCUGGAGAAGUGCCUUUGCCAAUGUCUCCAUCAAAUCAGACUGGAAGUUCAGCCUUAGAUGAGGCAAUGGCUAAAACUCUUGCAGCUAUAGAUCCAAAUCUUGCCAAUUCUAUACCAAUACCAGAAGAAAGUAAACCUGAAGAAAUGAGUGUUCCAACACAAAACAAUGUUAUUGAGGUACCGGAAAAUCCACCAGAAUUACAAUACAAGGACAAGAAAGAAGCUAUUGAGGCUUUCAAGGAACUUUUAAAGGACAGAAAUGUGCCAUCAAAUGCAACUUGGGAGCAAUGUGUAAAGAUAAUCUCUAAAGAUCCUCGCUAUGCUACUUUUAAAAAACUUAAUGAGAAGAAACAAGCAUUUAAUGCUUAUAAAACACAAAAGUUAAAGGAUGAAAGAGAGGAACAAAGAUUAAAAACUAAGAAAAAUAGGGAAAACUUAGAAGAAUUUCUAUUAAGCUGUGACCGAGUGACAUCAUUGACCAAAUAUUACAAAUGUGAAGAAAUGUUCAACAAUCUUGAGAUAUGGCGCUGUGUUCCUGAAUCAGAUCGUAGAGAUAUAUUUGAAGAUUGUAUAUUCACAAUUACAAAGCGUGAAAAAGAAGAAGCUAAGACUCUGAAAAAACGCAACAUGAAAAUGUUGGCACAGGUGUUAGAGAAUAUGAGUGAAAUUACAUACAGUAGUACCUGGAGCGAGGCGCAAGUGUUACUUCUAGAAAACUCUGCCUUUAAAAAUGACGUAAGCUUAUUAGGCAUGGACAAAGAAGACGCACUUAUUGUGUUUGAACAACACAUAAGGAAUUUAGAAGCAGAAUAUUUACAAGAGCGGGAACAAGUUAAAAAGCGGAAUAAGAGGCAGCAAAGAAAGAAUAGAGAUAACUUCUUGGUUUUACUGGAUACUUUGCAUGAAGAAGGUAAACUUACCUCAAUGUCUUUAUGGGUCGAGUUGUACCCAGUUAUAUCAGCUGACAUGCGGUUCUCAGCUAUGCUUGGACAGAAUGGCUCUACGCCAUUAGAUUUGUUUAAAUUCUACGUAGAAAAUUUGAAGGCGCGUUUCCACGAUGAAAAGAAAGUAAUUAAGGAGAUUUUAAAGGAAAAAAGCUUUGAAGUGAAACCUGACACUACUUUUGAAGAAUUUGCUACUGUUGUUUGUGAGGACAGCAAGUCGGCAUCUCUCGAUGCAGGCAAUGUCAAGCUCACUUACAACUCAUUACUUGAGAAGGCCGAAGCCAGAAACAAAGAAAAGAUGAAAGAAGAAUCGAAAGCAAUGAAGAAAAUAGAAAGUGCCUUUAAAUGGGCAUUGACUGAAGCAAAUAUAGACCAUCAACUAUCAUGGAAUGAGGUCAAGGAGAAGUUAGAUCUGAGUGCGCCGGAGUUCGCGGCCGUGCCCUAUGAAGAAGAUAGAGUUCGGAUAUAUAAAGAUUUCCAACAUGAACAGGAGGAAAGUUGUUUGCAUUACCAUCAUCCGAAAUCCAAGAAAGCAAAGCGCUCCAAGAAGAAGAAACGCUCGCAUUCUGCUUCAUUGUCCAGGUCGCGGUCUCCGUCGCCCAUUCAAAUUGCUCGCUCGCCGUCGCCAGCUCCCAGCCAUGGCACAUGGACUUCGGAUGAAGGCAGAAAACACAAGAAGUCAAAGAAGAAGCAUCGCAAGCAUUCGCCGCUACCUAAAUCUCCGACUCCCGAAGAGGGCGGUAUAACAGAUGACGAAGCAAUUCGCCACAAGAAUAAGAAGUCAAAGCGUAGUGCUCCUAGCAGUCCGGAGGAGGAGACGCACGAGCUCCCACACAAACCCAAGAAGAAGAAAGAUAAGAAGGAAAAGAAAGAACGGUCCAGUGGAUCGACAGCGUGGAGUGAUGCGGAACUGGAGUCCCGUCGCGCCGCCUUGCUGGCCCAACUGCAUGAACACGAGGCAGACUGA